AUGUCGACAUCAACUGUCUUGGAAACACAGACUUUAUUUAAUAAACAUAUAAUUUUCUUUAAUUGUGCAAUUGGCAGCACUCACUUCGUACGAGCAGCCGAUCACGAGCUGCAGCACAGAAACAGACACAACACCCACGCGGAAAAGGGUGGCCCGAUCAAGCCACAAUCCAGGGUCGCAGCAGGGAAUAGGAAGGUCUUCCCUAGCAGUCGUUCUAUGUGGCAUGUGCGCCCAUUCGUUUGUUUUUUCAAUUGCUUCUCCGGCGAAGCGAAUCCCAUUCGGAAUCUCGGAACAGUGGCGCGCUACUUAGUCACCAACCGCGCGAACGGCCUCGGGAAUACGAACGUGUUCCUUAGGCCGUUCGCCACUUCAAUUUUUUCUUCCAUUUGGCUUUCACCCCUUCACGCCAUACUCGUACACAGAACCUAUAUUGCAGCUGCGAUGUUGGCAAGGAAAAGGGAAGGCCGAGAACUGGCAGUACCACAAGAACAUCCAGUAAGACACGAUAUAUAUACUUAUGUGUAUGUAUCCGUCACGGUUUUCACAUCGCCCACGGCACUCCGACUCGGCGGCAAACACAACACUAGACGAGCCGCUAUCGACAUGGCGUCCAGCUCGCAGCAGGCUCAAGUGCAGGGACGCCCAAAAAGGAAACUUCCCAUGUUUGACCGGGCCACCGAGAUGGCACAGUCGCCGUUUUCACACCACACCGCUCUUAACGCAGCGUUGCACGUUCAUUUACGAGAUACAGAGCGCAGGGGAUACCGUGUCAGGCCCAACUAA